ACUGUUCGGAUUACUUCAAGCUAACACUUUCAUGUCUGCCUUGGCACAUGGUGAAAGACUGUCUAAAAAAAUGGUAUCCAAAAGAGGUGUAUGAUGAACUGGCAAGCGAUAUAUCCUUAAUGAAAGAAAAUGACGAAGCCUCUAUAAAAGUUGAAGGGGACUUUGAAUCUCAAAACGGAAACCUCAUUUUCAAGUUGAGAAAAGACGCUCCUUGUGAAAAAGAGCUGAAUCUCAAGAAGAUAAAUUUUGACACUGAGAAAACAAACAAAACCGCCGAAAUAAAAUUUUAUUCAAAAAAAGAUAGCAGAAAGAUUGGUGAGCUCACUGUCUAUGAGAGACAACUUGCAAGUCCUAAUGAGGAUAAUAUUGGACCCGAAAGACGCCGCAACAGUGAAGUCAACAAUGAGCAAUAUUCCAGUGSUCCGAAAGACGAUCCAGACUCAAGCGAUGUGUACAGGAUGAAAAGUUCUCCAAGAGGAUUGAUGAUCAUCAUUAAUAUCAAAAAAUUUGCUGUUGAUUACAGACGUAUACUGCUUACCGAGCGCAAAGGCUCUGAAAAGGAUGUCGAUGCACUAACUGACCUUUUUGGUCGAUAUUUGAAUUUCACAGUUUGCACCAUCUUUGACGAACCAAAGGAUGAAGUUAUGCAUCGCCUAGAUGUCAUCUCAGAAAACCCUGACUUCAAAGAUUACGACUGUCUUGCAGUGUGCAUCAUGAGUCAUGGAAAAGACGACAAAUUCUACGCACACGAUGGACGACCAAUCACAAUCUCAGAAGUUUCUGAAAUAUUUUGCGACGAAGCUUGUGGGUUGUUUAGUGACAAACCGAAGCUGUUUUUCAUAGAGGCAUGUCGUGGUCAAAUGGGAAGAGGAUCCUCGGACACAGACAGUACGCCAUCAGGCAGUGUACCAGUGCAGUCCCCACCUGAAGUUAGCAUAGAUUCUGACAUGGCCAAUAUGCUCUACGCUUAUUCUUGUCUUGAAAAUUUCGUUUCAUUCAUACAUCCGAAAGAGGGAAGCUGUUUCAUCCAAAUCUUGGUUCGCGUUUUCAAGAAACAUGCACAUAAGGAGCAUAUUCUGGAAAUGUUGACAAGAGUCAAAGAUGAAGUGUAUGAGACAAUUAAAGAAUCAAGUCUCCCGCGAACACAGAUUCCAGUUGUACAAAAGACACUCCUUAAAAAGUUGUAUUUCUGGCCAAAGCAUAAUUUUUAAUUGACUUCGUUUAGCACUUAUGGUGUUGGCUACAAUGUCUAAAAUCAACGUGUUAUCCUUCACAUAAUUGAAUUUGAUUAAUUAUAAUCACGUAAUUUUAUAGGUAGCUUCUUAUUGGCUAGAACAGAAGCAGAAAAACUAAACUAAUUGUAUGUAUCAGCUGGGCUGAUUUCUUUGAAUUUCAGUGUUUUUUAGGGACAUAGUCAUAGAACA